AAAUAAUGUGUAAGUAAAUUGGUCAUUGAGUCACUUGAGAUUAUAAUAUGAUUUUUAACUUGCCUAAUAUUAUACUCUCCUAUGCGUAGACUAUGGACUAAUAAAAUUCAUUCAUUAUUAGGUUGCGUUUGCUGCGGAAGUACUGGCAAGACAUAUGGAGAUAGUUGUCACUGUGUCACGAGAUGUGGUGAAGGCGCUAUAAAAUAUAAAGAAGCUUGUGAAAGUUGCGGGAAAUGCUUUGCACAUUGCAAUUGUCGUAAGUAAUAGUUCUUAAAUUUUUCACAUUUUAUGUUACAUUUUUGUUAUCGAAAUCUCAAAGUGACUCAAUGACCUGCUACAAUAAUUAAGUCGAAACAUUUUAAAUAAAACCAUUUUAAUGUGUAAGUGAUAAAAUAAUAAGGACAUUUGUUCAUCUACUAUCAAAAAUCAUUUUAAGGCUUUUUAUUUUCUCCUAAAUUUUUAUCCAUAUAAUGGAUUGAACCAACUUGUUAGUAUUACAUCAAAGGAAAUACUUUUAAUGCAGUAUUUUUCUUCAGUGCACUAACCAUAUCAGAUUCCAAUAAAUGUUACUUUUCUUAUGACAUUAAAUAGAUGCAAUUUAUAUAUUACGUUCUUACAUAAUUUUAUUAGUUCCUUCCGUAAUAAAAAACUUUUU